AUGAGUGUUAGGUGGCCUAGGGUUUUAAACCCCACUCAGCUCUCUCAGAUCCUAAGGAAUCAGAAAAACCCUUUGAGGGCGGUAGAACUCUUUGAGGAAGCGAGAAUCAAGUUCCCAAACUAUCGUCACAACGGGCCGGUUUAUGCCACAUUGAUUGAUGUCCUGGGGAAGUCUGGUAAAUUCAAGGAGAUGAAAGAGGUCAUUGGAAAGAUGAGAGAUGAUUCUUGUCACUGUAAAGAUUCAGUCUUUGCCAAUGCAAUCAAGACUUACGCUAGAGCCGGCUUGGUUGAUGAGGCUGUCUCUCUCUUCAAAGACAUUCCCAACUUCAAUUGUGUCAACUGGACUGAAUCAUUUAACACAGUUCUGCAGAUACUGGUGAAAGAGUCUAAGCUCGAAGCAGCUCACCGUCUCUUCGUCGACUACUCCUGCGGUUGGGAAGUCAAGUCCCGUGUUGUUGCCUUGAACUUGUUAAUGGAGUCUCUUUGUCAACAUAAACGUUCUGAUCUUGCAUCCCAUGUCUUCCAGGAGAUGAGCUAUCAAGGUUGCUAUCCAAACAGGGGGAGCUAUCUAAUUCUUAUGCAGGGGCUUUGUAAAGAUGGGAGGCUGACUGAGGCUACCCAUUUGCUCUAUUCGAUGUUUUGGAGGAUUUCUCAGAAAGGUAGCGGCGAGGAUAUUGUGGUAUAUAGAACGCUUUUGGAUGCUUUGUGUGACAAUGGGCAGGUUGAUGAAGCACUUGAGAUCCUUGGAAAGAUCUUACGGAAGGGACUCAAGGCACCAAAAGUACGUCAGCCACAACUAGAUCUAACCAAUUGCCGUAGUGUUGAAAGUAUAGAUGCCACUAAGAAGUUGAUUCAUGAAGCUCUAAUCAGAGGCUGUGUUCCGAGUUCAGCCAGUUAUACUGUAAUGGCCCAUGAUUUUUACAAAGAAGGUAGUGUUGCUCAAGCUGACAAGGUGCUCAAUGAGAUGCUCGACAGAGGAUUUAAGCCAGCAAUUCGAAGUUAUGAAGCAAAGCUGACAGCUUUGUGCAGUGAAGGAAGGAUUGACGAUGCUGUCCAUGUUAUUGAAGUGGAGAUGGUCAGAGCAAACUGUGUGCGAACAGUAAGAGUGUAUAAUGUCCUGCUCAGGGGACUGUGUGAAACAGGAAACUCAGCUAUGGCUGUCAGGUAUCUGGAAAAGAUGGAUAAGCAAGUAGGUUGUGUUGCUGACAGUGAAAGUUACAGUAUUUUGGUGAAUGGGUUGUGUCGAGAUGGUAGAUUUGUUGAAGCAAGUAGAAUUUUGGAACAGAUGCUGAGAAGAUCAUAUCGCCCUUCGGUCAAUAUGUACAAUGUGCUUGUGCAAGGUCUUUGCACCAUCGGUAGGCAAUAUGAUGCUGUUACCUUGGUGGAAGAGAUGAUUGACCAGGGCGAGAUACCAGAUAUGUCUUUAUGGAACUCCUUGGUUGUUUCUGCUUGUUACAACUUGGCUGAAAUGGAUGUUUGCUCCCAAACACUUCAGCAGCUUAGCAGUAUGCAGUAA